GGAGGGCACCGGGAAGUGGCGGCGGGGUCCGGCCGCGUGCGGGCCGCCAUGGGACGGCGACCGGGAGCGGGACCGGGAGCGGGACGGGGGCGCGGAACGGAGAGCGGGGCCGGGACCGGGACCGGGACCGGGAAGGGACGGGGACACAGACCGGCACCGGCCCCGGUCCCGGCCGCCGGCCCGCCCCGCGGCAGGAAGCAGAAGGCGGGGGCCGACAUGAAGCCCAAGCACCCCGACGAGCAGGAGAUCCCCUUCCGCCUGCGGGAGCUCAUCCGGAGCCGCGAGGCCAUGAAGCACCCCAAAGCCAGGAAGAGGCGGGCGGCAGGGAAGCAGCAGCAGCGCAAGGCGCAGGCGCGUGGAGACAUCGCGGUGCCCAAGUUCAGGCGGGGGAAGGGGGAGUCGGAGCACUCCUACAUCUGCCGCAUGGAGCAGGAGGUGCAGCGCAUCCUCUUCCUCACCAAGAACCAGGUGCAGCGGGAGCCCGAGAAGGAGGCGGCGGCGCCGCAGAAGUCCAGGAGAAAGAAAGAGUUUCAGAACAAGAAGCUGGACAAAGCCCGCAAGAAGAAGGAGGAGAAGAAAGAGGCUUUGCUGGAGAAGAGCCUGUUCCGAGACACGGUGGCGUUCGGCGAGGUGGUGACGGAGCCGCCCACCCUCACCUCGCGGCCCCGGCGCGGGGGCCCCGCAGAGCAGGCUGGACGCAAGCGGCUCCUGCUGACGCCUCGCCUGGGCCGGGUGCCCCCAGCAGCGCCGGUGUCGCUGGCUCGCCAGCGCAUCGUGCAGGAGGAGAGGGCACGCGUCGUCCAGGCCUAUCGCGACAUCCAGAGGCGCAAACAGCAGCGGAGGGAGGCCCAGGCAGCCCGUGGGGUGCCCGGCUGAGCCCUCCCUGUCCUCCUCCGUCCCAGCGAGGGGGCACAAGAGCCCCCUGGACCCUCGUGUGGAGCAGCAGUGGGGUGACAGCCAGCUGGGUGUGCAGCACGGGGGACACGGAAGCCCAGGACUUGAGGGGGGCGGUUGUAUCAACCCCGUGCUGCUGCCCCGACAGCACCCUGGGGCUCACAAGAGCCGUGCAACCUUUCUGGCACCUGGCGCCGGAGCCAGGAGCCUCUGGUGCCAUGGACCUGUUUGUAGUAAAAUGCCAUUUUCUGA